CGACAGCCCAAAGAUCGAAGAAGAUAAGAAGAACCACUCUCAAAGAUCAGUCAAAAGCCAUGGAUGGGUUCUAUAUUGUAUUAUACUUACUGGCGGCAGCGGUGGUGGUUUUCAAGAUUACGGCGGUGCUAUGGUGGCGGCCCAAAAAAAUCGAACAUCAUUUCUCCAAACAAGGCAUAAGAGGACCUCCUUACCGUUUCUUCAUAGGCAAUGCAAAAGAACUAUUUACUCUUAUGUCCAAAGCUUCUUCUCAACCUAUGCCUCUUUGUCAUAACAUCCUUCCUAGGGUUCUUUCUUUCUACCACCAUUGGAAAAAAAUCUACGGUGGAACAUUUUUGGUUUGGUUUGGGCCAACGGUACGAUUGGCUGUUUCUGAUCCUGACCUAAUCAGAGAAAUCUUCACCUCAAAAAAUGAAUACUAUGAGAAAAUAGAAGCUCACCCUUUAAUCAAGCAACUUGAAGGUGAUGGACUUUUGAGUCUCAAGGGUCAAAAAUGGGCUCACCAUAGAAGAAUCAUAACUCCCACCUUCCAUAUGGAUAAUCUAAAAUUAUUAAUACCUUUGGUGGGAAAAAGCGUGGUAGAAAUGUUGGACAAUUUGGUAGACAAGGAUCGCGAGAUUGAGAUUGAGGUCUCCGAAUGGUAUCAAAAGUUAACCGAAGAAGUCGUUACUAGGGCUGCCUUUGGCUGUAGCUAUGACCAUGGGAAAGACAUUUUUCGAUUGCAAGCGCAACAAAUGGCACUUGCCACACAAGCCUUUCAAAAAGUCUCGUUGCCGGUUUAUAGAUUUCUACCCACGAAGAGGAACAUGAAAUCUUGGAAACUGGACAAGGAAAUCAAGAAAUCUUUGGAGGAUGUAAUUAACCAGAGGAGAGAGAAAAUCAUGGCUGAUGGUGGCGGCGGUGAUGUUCCAAAAGAUCUAUUGGGCCUUAUGAUCGAGGCAAGCUUGAAAGAAUCGGCGGCGGCUCCGGCGGCGGCGAGGGUAACGGUGGGUGAUAUCGCGGAGGAAUGUAAGAGUUUCUUUUUCGCCGGUGAGCAAACAACGACAAAUUUGCUGACGUGGACGACCGUACUGCUGGCUAUGCACCCUAACUGGCAGGACCAGGCACGUGAUGAGGUGCUUAAGGUGUGCGGCCCACGUGACGUGCCAUCUAAAGAUGACAUUCCCAAGCUUAAGAAGCUAAGUAUGAUCCUGAAUGAAUCUCUCCGAUUAUACCCACCCGCGGUGGCAACUAUAAGACGGGCAAAGGUUGACGUGGAACUCGGAGGGUUCAAGAUUCCAAAGGGCACAGAGAUUUUAAUCCCAAUUUUGGCGGUUCAUCACGACCAGGCAAUAUGGGGUCAGGAUGCAAACGAAUUCAACCCGACCCGUUUCACUGAUGGGGUUGUCCAUGCUGCAAAACAUCCUGUUGCAUUCAUACCAUUCGGUUUAGGCCUCCGAAAAUGCAUUGGGCAAAAUUUAGCAAUUCUUCAAGCGAAACUCACGUUAGCAAUCAUACUAAAACGCAUGUCGUUUCGGUUGGCCCCACAAUAUCGACACGCACCAACGGUGUUGAUGCUCCUUCACCCGCAACACGGUGCACCGGUCAUCUUUAAACAUUUAUCUACACAUGAUGAACGGGCCAGAUCAAUCCUUUCAUCCGCUCAUGGGUUUGUUUGAGUUGGGAUUGCCUAUAAAAUCAAAAUUUCAAUCAAUUUGCAUAUACAAACUAACCCCAAGGAAGCAAAUGCCAAAAAUAAAUAAAUAAAAUUCCAUCUUGUCCUACUUUGCUAAAAUAUUUGAAAAGAAAAAGUGUGUAGCAUAAGGGUAUUGACAAGUGUGGUAGUUGUAAUUAGAAUUUAAUUAGUGAAUGGGUUCAUUGUUUAUUUUUUUAUUGA